UCUCCCUCUCUCGCUCCUUGAAGACAAACUAAACUUAGCCCUCGUUUUUCGCUGCCUGUCUUGGCCCGUGCGUCACAUCAGAGACUCGGAUCUCAGCCUGUCCCCGUGGACACGCUUCUGUCUCUCAGCUUUCUUCUCCAACAUUGUAGAGGGAUGGACCGGAGGAGAGGCGACGAAUGAACCGAGCGACGGCUGACACAACGGCGGCUGUGUUGUGGAGCUGAUGUGGGAGAUCGUCCGGAGGAGGAGGACUUAUUACCCCACAGAGAUCAGCUUCCAGGGGCUUUGACUUAACAUCCCAGCAACAAUUUGACCCAUCAUCUCCCAGAGAGAUACUGGAUUGCAGCUGCAGGUUUGGAGGUUAAGAAAAAAAAAACGCUGGUGUGAAUGAACAGUUGAUGAUCAUGAUUUCAUGACUUCCCAGGAGAGGACAGGAUCUGGUCCGUGAAAGGAGGCAGGGGCCACUUUCACUUGUUUUUUUCACCCUGAGACAAAUGAGGCUCUUUCAAUCCAAGUGAUGCUCAAUCGGAUUACUGAAGGAGAGAUUAUAUAAUCUGGUUAACACAUCCGACUAAUCUCACCAUCUCUGCCUGUUGUUUUCUGUCAUUCGUUAAGUAGCCUCUGUCCAGGACCAUGCCAAGGAUGCUACUCAUGGAGAUCAUCGUCAACCGGACUUUGUAGUCCACUAGGUGAUGACUGGACAAGUGGAGCCUUUGUGGGCAUGACCGAGUCACUGUAACCUUUGUUCAAUGCCGGAGUCCUUUCCUAAUCCAAGGUAGUUCUACUCGAGAGCCACAUUAUCAGAAUUCUGAAUUAAUUUAGUGUUUAGACCAAUCAGUGGAAAAGCACCACGCCACCUGAUUCAUCUGGCUACUGAACCGCCUUCAGUUGCAGAGGCUUGGGAAGGGUUUGCCCACAGAGCCAAUCCCUGUAGAUUUGCAGCGUGGAACAAUUUGUGCACUCGAAUCGCCCACCUUCCAUCUCUGAUCGCUGACCCCAUGUGUGUUGGAAAUCCUGGGCACCACAUUUCAGCCUGUUAACCUGUCAGCAGCUCCUCCGUUUGAAUGAAGUAGUAGCAUUUUGUUCCCCUGAGCUCCAGCGAGAGUACAGGGGCUGUGCUCUGCUCUGCUCCGCACCUCUUACCUGGGCUGCCGGCCAACCAGACGGCCCUCCGGGGGCUUGGAUUUCGAACGUCCUGCUGGAGAUUUGGGAGUUACCCAGAGUUUCCUCACCACGUGGGCCACGGGAGAGACAGAGGCGGACACCAUGGGGUGCUGUAGUGGCAGGUGUACCUUGGCCUUCAUCUGUGGCAUGCAGCUGGUCAGCGUGUUGGAGCGUCAGGUGAUAGACUUCCUGGGCUACCAGUGGGCUCCCAUCCUGACCAACUUCCUGCACAUCAUUGUUGUCAUCCUGGGCCUGUUCGGCACGAUUCAGUUCAGGCCGAGAUAUGUCACUGGGUAUGCAGCCUGGCUCGUAGCGUGGAUGACCUGGAACGUUUUCAUCAUCUGUUUUUACCUGGAGGUUGGGGAUCUGUCCAGAGACUCUGACCUUGUGCUGACUUUUAACCUGUCCAUGCAUCGCUCCUGGUGGAUGGAGAACGGCCCCGGGUGCAGGGUGACGCCCAUCACCCCUCCCCCGUCCUGGGCACCUGAGGACCACCGAUAUAUAUCAAUAGCUGGCUGUCUGAUGGAUUUCCAGUUCAUAGAGGUGGCCCACUCCUCACUGCAGAUACUCCUGGCUUUGGUGGGGUUCAUCUACGCCUGCUAUGUGGUCAAGCUCAUUUCUGAAGAAGAGGAUAGCUUUGAUUUUAUAGGCGGGUUUGACUCGUACGGUUACCAGGGGCCUCAGAAGACCUCCCACCUCCAGCUACAGCCCAUGUACAUGUCAAAGUAAACCCCGGAUACUCUCCAGGACUGCUGCCUUACCAACCACCACCGCUCAACAUCCUGCUUUUACUACAGCUUUUACUACUCCAACUGUUUUUAGGAGUGAGACACACUCCAGUAGACGGGAUACAAUGACACUAAAAUAUCCAACCUACACCACCCCCCUGUACUAAGGCUUCCCUCAUCUGCCUGCCUGUUGUUUUUAAUUGCAGUUAGGUGUGUUCCUGAUGAUACACUGGCCUCGUGUGGUUGGACGUGGUAACCGCAGGCUGUAUGUUUUUUCUUUUUUACUAUGGGUGACACAAUGUGGAGCCAUUGACUCGUCUUUCCUCUUGUGCCACUGAGUAUCUGCACAACCAAAAGGAUGCAAAGAGGGCGCAACUCUCCAGUGACGUGUUUUCCUUGGCUUCCAGUGAGAACUUGUGGAUUUCUGCCGUCAGAGAAUCGUUAACAUGGAGCCCUGUUCUUUCACACUAGUCUUGGGAUAUCUUAGCAGCUCUCAAGCGCAGAUAUGUGUCACCAAAGAGUAAAAAACCCAGAGACACAUCCUUGUGUGCACAAUAGAGCCUGUUUAACCGUCUCUGGAUCUCUUGGUGCCUCAUAGAUUAGACACUGCAGGACUUCAACUCCACUGACUGAGCAUCUCCGGAGAAGAUCAACCGAUCGAGGAAUGUCAGACUUCAUUUUUCUAUGAUUACUUCAUGGUGCAUUUUGGAGAUUUUCAGCAAAGAUGGAGGCUUGAUGUUAAAAUCGGCUGGACUCACGAUCGUCAGUACACACCACACAUUUUCCUCUGAAUGUUGAAUAUCAUCACAUAUGUGCAUGUGUACAGCAGACACAUACAGACAGACAGAAAUGCAUAUGUGAACACACACAUGCAUGUACACACACACACGCUUAUAACAUACAACCACUCAACUUCUUCAAUGUGAAUCUUAAUGUUUACAACAGACAGAACGACUUAGAGACAGGCAGGAGGUGCAAGAGACACUUUUAGAUGCAGCAUCCCAAAAAGGCCAGAGGGUGUUUUUCUCACAGUAGUUAGGACAGGACCGUUAGGACCAGACCGUUGUUCCAGAUAUGUUUCUUCGCUCUCACUGUCUUAAUAUGUUGUCUUCCGUCCAAGACAGAUGGGUAGAGGGACAUAGAGACAAACCAUGACAGAGAAAAUAGCCAUUAAAGAGCAACUGAGGUCAGACAGAAGUUACCCCGUCCAGCUCAGCCCUAUUGGAGACAUCUCAUCCAGCUCUUUCAGCAAAAUUUUCCCCUUAAAAAUGCUGGGAUCCAGAUAAAAUGCCCUUUCAGCCUUAUCAUCUGCAGCAUCCAGCUCUUUUGAAUAACAGAAAUAGUUUAAAAACAGCCUAAAUCAUCCACAGGCAAUGCUCACAUAUAGAGAAAAACACACCUUUUACACAAAUGACAAUCACAGUCUAAGCGGCCUGAGUUUUGUCAUGGAUUUGAAAUUGAAAUCUUAAAAAAUUGAACGAAAAAGCUGAAAAGUAUUGUCGCCGUUACGUGGGAACAGAGACGCCUCCGGCUUUGACAAUACUUCAAUAGUUUAUUUAUCAUCGUUUAUAUAUAUAAUGCAACUCAAACCACUGGUGAAAGAAAGGAGAGUGAAGCAUCCACCUUCGCCCGCAGACUAACAAGGACAAAAAACAAUGACCUGAGUAAUGUCAGAGACGUAGCGGCUCCACCCCUGUUCCACUCGUAUUUUAAUGUCGAAAGUGCCAACCGAAACACCACAUGGACAUCUGUAAUGCCUGGAUUCAGAAGACCAUGGACCGGGACCAAAAGUAGUGGGUCUUGGGUUCACUUUUUCUCUCUGGUCCAAAAAAAAACUUGGAUAUCUAAAAAUGUUCCAUUCCAGUAGUUUCUCUGUUUCUGUUUUGUUCUCUUCAGAAAAUCAACCUAGUCCUUCUGGAAAUGAAGCUGUUGCAUUUGUUUUGCGAUCACUGGACCAAACAUUUGAGGCCUUCUCCAUCAACAGAGGAAACAUUUUUGAGGGGAAAAAAGGCUGCACUUGAAAUAAGGAGGGACUAACAGAGCAUUUCCCAAUUCAAACUGAUAUCAAAGUCCACCGUUCACCUUCCUCUGCCAGUUAUCUUUAAUAGUUUUAUCUGUUUUUUUCCCUCUGUGGGUUGCGUUCAGAGCCGCUGCCCCAUGAGGCUCCACUGACGGCCGCUCUGGAGAACAGAAACAACAUGUUGUGUGUUUGCAUGAGGUGUUUCCAAAACUGUUGCGUAUUUAAUCUCAUGCUGCGUGUGACUAACUAGCUACUUAAAAAGGGGAACUGUUUGGUUUGUUGAAUGCUCCUCAGCUCUCUUCAAAGAGUCCUAAAUGUGAACUUUGUGAUUUUUUUCUAUAAAUAACAGUCGCAAAAUGUCCGUCGAGUAACGGAGGAAAAUAGUUACGACAGUGUAAAACCACAAAAUGUAACUUUGAACUUCUAGACGUUUUUUAAUAACAUGUGGCCGUGUUUACUGUUUUUUCUAGUUGACUACUAAUGUAUGAUGUUGUGUACAAGUGGGACUACUAUGUUUAAUUUCUUCUUAUUGUACAGUUAUUUGAAAGGAGAGAGUAAGAGGAGAAUGGGAGGAAAGAGAAUUAGUUGCACUAUAGUCUAUGAUAUUGUCAUUAAACGUUCUGUCGAGGCUGGAAAUUCACUUUCACUUCAGCCCAUAAUUAACAUUUAUUAAUUUAUAUAAAAAUGGUUAAACGCGCAUUACUUUUUAAUAAACUAAAUCACUGCAAAUGUAACGUCUUUCUGGAAAUUUAAAAUCAGCAACUGUGAAAAGGUCACACGUCUAUUAUUAAGAGGCCUAAUUGAAAAAGAUGGUUGUUGUGUCAUUAGCAAAUUAUACUAUUUGAAUUGAAAGUGAAUUAAUUAGUUAAUUUAUUUGUCUUAAUGUGGUUAGAUCAAUUUAACAUUACCUGGCACUGUGGAAUAUCGACCUAAACAGAAAGCAUUUCAGAUUUAUGAUGUGACCCAACUGUGUGUGUGUGUGUGUGUGUGUGCGUGCGUGUGUGUGUGCGUGCGUGCGUGCGUGCGUGUGUGUGUGUGUGCGUGCGUGUGUGAGACCAUGGGAUAUUGUUUAUUGUGUCUUGGUGAACUCAACAACUCUUAACCCAGAACCUCCUGAGUAAUGACCUGCUCUGAACUCAACACACAUUUCAACUAAAGGAAGAACUCUUUGAGGAGCAAUAACAAAAGUGAUGAUAAAGCUACAUUCAGUCAAACCGUUGUAGAGUUACACAAUAUCUAACUAUAAUAUUUGAAAUAUUUUGAAACUAUGUAUUUUGCUAUUUAUUCAAGUCUGAAAUUGAACUUUUAUGAAUUGAAUUCAGAAUUGUCAGCUAUCCCCAGCCCUAUCACUAAUGGGUCUGAAAGUAUUGCCAAUGGUGCUUGUAUAAUUGGUUUACUAUGGGAAUACAUAUGGAAAGAGAAAAGAGGUAUUAAGUCAAUAAUUUGCAGUACACGAUUAUGCACGAGCUAAAUAAUUGUCUGGGACCCACGAAUGAACCCUGUGGUACUCCACCCAGCUUAGUUUCUUAAUUUAGCAGGCUGGUGCUAAUUGUAGAUAGCAUAAAUGCAUGAAUUCACGAUUUGUAAAAGUGCUUUUCAUUUAAUCUGCGAUUAAUAUAAGUCAGCUCUCAGAAUGCAAUAUUACAUAAUCCUAAUACAUUAAGAAACAACCCCACUGUCAGUGCUGUAAUGCAGGAUUAUGCUGCUAGUACAACCAGUGGAAAAAAACUGCAAUCGUCCUCUGUGGCUCUGGGUUGAUUUGUUAACGUUCACCACUGACUAGAACCAUUUACGUUGAUUUACCUCAUCUUGUUCUGAUGGUUUCCCACAGGUGACUGACUGUACAUAAACUAGACAGUUGGGAAUAAAGUAGACAGUGAAGAA